AUGCGUCCUCAGAGCCGAUCCGAUUUCGCAAUCGCUAUAAUCUGUGCCCUUCCCCUCGAGGCAGAUGCUGUCGAGGCUCUCUUCGACGAGACCUACGACCGCCUAGGCAGAUUAUAUGGUAAACAACCUGGAGAUGCGAAUGCAUACGUAAACGGCAGGAUUAGGGAGCAUGAUGUUGUCCUCUGCUACAUGCCCCGAAUGGGGAAAGGGAGCGCUGCAAGCGUGGCUUCAAGUCUAAGAGUCAGCUACACUGGAGUCCAGCUUGCAUUGGUUGUGGGGAUUUGUGGUGGUGUACCAUAUCCAUCUGCUAGUAAUAACACGGAAAUAUUCCUCGGGGAUGUCAUUAUUAGUGAUGCUGUGGUUGAAUAUGAUUUUGGCAGACAGUAUCCAAGUCGCUUCCAGCGGAAGACGGAUGGCCAUAAUAAGGACAUGUUGGGAGGACCAGAUCGUGAGAUCAGGACCCUUCUGACCAGCCUGAGAGCAAGUCAGACCCGAAAUGAAUUUCAGGGUCAGAUAAUACAGCAACUCUACAGUAUCCAGCAGUUAGAUGCAAGAUGGCGGCGCCCGGACAGUUGGAAUGACAUUCUUUUUGAGUCUGGUUAUCACCACAAGCAUUACAUUCAGGAAUCCUCUGCUAUAUGCCGUUGCUUUGAUGGUGACUCGCCGGAUGAUAUAUGCGAUGAGGCACUUGAGCACAGUUGCGAUAGUCUAGGAUGCGACUGGGAUCGAAUUCGUCGUUGCCAAGAAGAAAGUGCAGACACAACCAAUAAAGUAUCAGUGCAUAUUGGCAAGAUCGCGUCGGCAGAUACAGUGAUGAAAUCUGGAGAGCACCGUGACCAGAUUGCCAGAAAAGAGAGAGUUAUUGGUUUCGAAAUGGAAGGCGCUGGAGUGUGGGAUAAUAUUCCGUGCAUCAUCAUCAAGGGCGUAUGUGACUAUGCGGAUAGUCAUAAGAAUAAGAACUGGCAAGACUAUGCUGCUGCAACGGCGGCAUGUGGUCUCAAAGUCUUCCUGGGAUACUACAAAAUAGGGAAAAAUACCCAAUCCCUUGUUGAGCAAGACAUGCAAGUCUCUAUCAACCAUUUAAAUGAACAGUCUCGCACGACUAUUAUCUUUCUAUUCUUUGCGUUUCUCUAUUUCCGGGGAUUGCUUCUAACACUCCACACCCGAUUGACACGGCUUAUCAACCCAUGGUCAGAACUACCAGCGAUCCUCGAAGAUGCACAUUUGAGGCGCUUUACGAUACCUCUUGACACCAUCAAUACAUGGGAGAUUUUCGACUUCAUACUCGAAAAACACUUUUCCGAUAUGCCAGGUUAUCGACAAGUGAAAACAGGAAGCUAUGUGCUCGAGGACUCAAUCUCUCGCAGCGCAGUCAAGCACACCGACGCAUUCAAAGCGUGCUUCAGGCCUGGACGACGGGUUUUUAUGAGUAUGCUUUUCCAUCUGAAGCAACAUGAGAAAUCUACUUGUCCCUCGUGCCAUGCAGCCAAUCUGGAUUCGGGGCAGUCCGAUGUAUGUUGUUCGUUUUGCGGGAUGCAAUAUCGUAGGAUAAUGGAGGUGGUUGAAGAUGACAACAAAAAUGAGAGACAUUUAGACAGUGCGAAUGCGAAGAGAUUGAAGGUAAACCCUGCUCGCGGACAUGCAUUCAUUGCGCCUAAGACGCCUGCCGAAGCCGACUAUCCAGAAGAGGACGUUGCACAGUUCAAACGAGUCCAUAUAGUCGCUGCCCCUGAUACCAGACAACCUGCUGCUGGAGGAAAGAUGGUUUCUAAUCGGAAUGGUUUGGAUACUUUGAACAAAAACAAAACCACCAAUAGUCAUUCCUCCAUUCCUCGCCCAAUUACAAAGAACAAGAAUCCUCGUAUCUCAGCUCUACAGAGACAUUUUGAACAGCUCAGCAGGGAGUUUCAAAAGGAAGUGCAGCGUGAGAGAUUGCAAAGAGCAGCCGAAAGCCAGUACUCGCGGGUAUAUCCCACCAUAUCCUCCAAACCGACCGUUGAGGUGUACAAGAACAUAUAUCGUCGGCCGUCGCUGCCCGCCCCUUCUGAGACGUCCAGCAGCGACAGUUUUUUCAAAAGCACGUAUCUGGGAAUGGACGACGUCCUUCAAGACACUGACGACGCUUCUUCAACCCCAGAUGACUCUAUCGUCAAUGCCGGCGGCCUAGGCGAGCGUACGUUAACACCCAGUGGCGAUGGUGUCUCAUCUCGUCGCGCAAUGGUUACGAGACAUGAUGAUGAUGAUGGUGAUGGGCGACACGUCACUUUAAGGACCCUUGCCGAAGAAGAGUAUGCAGCUUUCAGAGAACGAGAACGACGAGGAGGCUCGAAUACCAACUCACGUAGCAGUGGCAGUGAUAGUCGACUCUCCGGCGAGUCCAGCAACGCCGAACGUGCAGUCAGUGUCAUUAUUCUACCCUCAUCCGACAUCGAAAGUGAAGGCGGGUGUAUUACUCUACCCAGCUCAGACAUUUCAUCAAUGCCUCCGGAGAGCAUUCACGGGUUACGAUAG